AUGGCUCAAUUAAAGAAGGCUAUCGUGUUCGCCAAGGAUCAUGGUCUUACAAGUGGCUUAUUUGGCCCGAUAUCGGUGACUCGUGUUGUUGCUGUUACUUCUGCUUUGGGGGUCUGGGAACCAGCUACAGUUACUACCCCAAUAGUAGUUAUGACUAUUAUCCUAAGUAUAACUCUUGAGGAUGAGCUUAAUGAGAAAUAUGACGCCCUUGAGCGGGAAAAUUUUGCGGCUGAGAAGGAGUUGGCCGAGUUGUGGGCAAAGGGCAGGCUUGCUGACUCUUUGCAAGAAGAGGUAGAUUUGUACGGUUCUUUGUCAAUGUUGGUUGCUCAGAUAACAAAGUUGAAGGCUUCUUUUGCUGAAGGAUAG